CCGGGUAUUUGGCAGGAUGAGAGCUGCUUUCCAAGAUGGCGGCGGAGGGAGGAGGGAAGGAAAUGAACGAAAUUAAAACCCAAUUCACUACCCGGGAAGGUCUCUAUAAGCUCCUCUCUCAUUCUGAAUAUAGCCGCCCAAACAGGGUGCCGUUUAAUUCGCAGGGCUCCAACCCGGUAAAGGUUUCCUUCGUUAACGUGAACGACCAGUCCGGUAACGGGGAUAGGAUUUGCUUCAAUGUGGGCCGAGAACUCUAUUUCUACAUCUACAAAGGCGUCAGGAAGGCUGCUGAUUUAAGCAAACCUAUAGACAAGAGGAUAUACAAAGGGACGCAGCCUACAUGUCAUGAUUUCAACCACCUCACAGCUACAGCUGAAAGCGUUUCUCUACUUGUUGGGUUUUCUGCAGGUCAAGUUCAACUUAUAGACCCUAUUAAAAAGGAAACAAGCAAGUUAUUCAAUGAAGAGAGACUAAUAGACAAGUCUAGAGUAACCUGUGUGAAAUGGGUUCCAGGAUCCGAAAGUCUCUUUUUUGUAGCUCAUUCCAGUGGGAAUAUGUACAUGUAUAAUGUGGAACACACGUGCGGUACUACGGCUCCACAUUACCAGCUACUUAAACAAGGAGAAAGCUUUGCAGUUCAUACAUGCAAGAGCAAGUCCACAAGAAAUCCAAUACUGAAAUGGACUGUUGGAGAGGGUGCCCUAAAUGAAUUUGCUUUUUCCCCAGAUGGAAAAUUCUUAGCCUGUGUAAGCCAAGAUGGCUUUCUCCGUGUGUUUAAUUUUGAUUCCUUGGAAAUGCAUGGUACAAUGAAAAGCUAUUUUGGUGGACUGCUCUGUGUAUGUUGGAGCCCUGAUGGGAAGUAUAUUGUAACAGGUGGAGAGGAUGACUUAGUGACUGUUUGGUCAUUUGUGGACUGUCGUGUAAUAGCCCGAGGUCAGGGACAUAAAUCUUGGGUCAGCGUUGUAGCAUUUGACCCCAAUACCACUAGUGUAGAAGAGACUGACCCUAUGGAAUUUAGUGGAAGCGAUGAAGAUUUCCAAAGCAUCAUUAAUUUUGGCAGAGACAGAGCAAAUAGUACACAGUCAAGAUUGUCAAAAAGGAACUCUACAGACAGUCGUCCAGUUAGUGUGACAUAUAGGUUUGGCUCAGUAGGCCAAGACACACAGCUGUGCUUAUGGGACCUUACAGAAGACAUUCUUUUCCCCCAUCAGCCUCUUUCAAGAACAAGGACACAUACAAAUGUCAUGAAUGCCACCAGUCCACCUGCAGGUAGUGGUGGACCAAACCCAGGAAGCAAUGGUAACAGUAUCAGUACACCAGGCAACUCUAUACCUCCCCCUCUUCCUAGGUCUAAUAGCCUUCCCCAUUCUGCAGUGUCUAAUACUGGCAGUAAAAGUAGUGUGGACAGCUCCAAUGCGGCUGGCGUUACCAAGUUUGCUACUCUGUCUCUCCAUGAUCGAAAGGAAAGGCAUCAUGAUAAAGACCACAAGAGAAACCACAGUAUGGGACACAUAUCUAGCAAGAGUAGUGACAAACUGAACUUGGUUACUAAAAACAAAUCGGACCCAGCUAAAACUUUGGGAACGCCUCUCUGUCCCAGGAUGGAAGAUGUUCCUUUGUUAGAGCCUCUUAUCUGUAAAAAGAUAGCACAUGAAAGACUGACUGUCCUAAUUUUUCUUGAAGACUGUAUAGUCACUGCUUGUCAGGAAGGAUUUAUUUGCACAUGGGCAAGGCCUGGUAAAGUGGGUUUAUUAUCAUCCCAAAACCAAGCCAAUUCUCCAAGUGGAACUGUAGUUUAGCCAUCACACUACUGCUAGCGAAAUAUACACCACAAGACCAGAAGUAAUGACUGGAACCAGGAGCUGAUCUUCAGCCACAGAACAACAGUUUUUUAACAUGGCAGAAUGUAAAAUUGGGGAUCUGCAAAAACAACAGAUACUUUGCAAAGAAAUUCUAAAUAAUGGGUUAUUCUUGGCUGCUCACCCAAGAAUUUCUUUAAAAACACACUUCCUUAGGAAAUACAGUGGAAAAAAUAUAACAUUCAUUCCUUCUUGCUUUAUAUUUUCAAGUUUAUUGUAAUUUAAUCUUUAUAAAUAUAUAUAGUGUAAAAUAAAGUAUGUUAAUUGAAAACCCCCAGUAAUUUAGAUGGUUAAUUCACCAUUGUGUGUAUUGCACUGAUUUUAUUUUAUUUUUGUUUUUAACCUGAAAUGGUUAGAGUAAUUAAAAGCCUUGGAUGGGCUUGUUUAAAAAUUCAAGUCGUUUAUGGCUUGAUAUGUAAUUAAAUAUGGAAGCUGCAAUCUUAGAUUAUUUUUUUAAAUAAAAAUUUGUUUGCACUUAAGUAAAAUGCUAGUAGAGAAAUUUAAAUGGGUGUACACAAUUCCCAGAAUAAAAAGAAACUGUUGGAGAGAA